CAUCCACAUGACAGCAGCAGCCGCAGCGUGUGUCCUUUUGAGGGUCCAUCAGUGACUUCUGAGUGAACGUACAGAAAUACAGCUGAUAUGGUAUAUUGAUUUCACGCGUAACAUGUGUUUGUAGGUGUAGAGGAGAGCGGGGCUAGUUGUCACAGAUGUUAUUGUGAUGCUGUAGGUGUUGAAGAGCAGCUGAUGAUGUUCCUGCGUUCGUGUUCACUGGCACUGAGAUGCAGCUGCUUCAGAAACCCACACGUCUCCAUCAGAGCCUUCAGCUCCAGCCGGACCGCCAGGAAAGACGCGGCAGAAAACGCUCUGGACCUGGACGCCUGGAAGUCCGUGAUGAGAUCUCAAGCGCUGCAGGAGGAGACCAAGAGCCCCAGUCGCUCAGCGAUAGACGAUAACCGUGAGCUGGUGGAGAUGUGGCAUCAGGCGGGGAAGUUUGUUCCCAAGAACAUCACGGAUGAGCAGCUGGAGGCUCUGGCGCAGCUCACCACCAGAUCCGCCAAGAAGAAGUACCUGAAGUUUCUGGCGAUUAAAGAAUCACACAAGAUCACCAAGAAGGAGAAGCAGGAGAAAAAGAAAUCCGAGAGGGAACCGGAAGGAGAGCGUGAGCGAGAGGAACUCAAGAACACCUUCCUGCUGAAGUUCUGGAGCAGCUCCGCGGAUCGAGUCCAGAGCUGGCGAGCGGCACAAGCCAUGCGUUUCGGCCAACCGCUGGUGUACGACAUGAGCUACGAGCAACACAUGAGUCGACGAGAGCUGGAAAACACCAUUGCACAGCUGAUGGAGAGCGAAGGCUGGAACCGGCGCGCCGCAGACCCCUUCCACCUUCACUUCUGCGGCUUGCAACCGGACGGCGCGUAUCAGCGUGAGCUGCUCAAACGCUACGGAUCACACACGUGGGAGCGGCUGCUGAUCACGGCCACCGAGCGCACACACGUGGAGAUGUUUCCUCAGCAGGAUCUGGUUUACCUGACGGCCGACUCGAAGAACGUCCUGCACACGUUUGAUCACAGUAAGGUCUACAUCGUCGGCGCAAUGGUGGACCGCUCCAUUCACUCGGGCGUCUCGCUGGCCAACGCCAAACGCCUCAAACUGGCCACGGCGCGCCUCCCGCUGGACGAGUACCUGGACUGGGAGUGCGGAGCAAAGAAUCUGACCCUGGAUCAGAUGAUGCGCAUCCUGAUGACGGUGAAGGACACGGGCAGCUGGAAGAAGGCGCUGGAGUUCGUGCCCAAGAGGAAACACGCCGGCUUCCAGCAGGAGAGUAACAGAUUCAUGGGAACCACAAAGAGUCGAUUCGUCCGGGAUGAUUCAUCAGAGAGUCGCUUCACCCGGAACGAUUCAUCAGAGAGUCGCUUCACCCGGAACGAUUCAUCAGAGAGUCGCUUCACCCGGAACGAUUCAUCAGAGAGUCGCUUCCCUGCUCGAGCUCAAAACCACCUGAAGAACAAAACAGACGGACACAAAAAACAAGCACAAAGAGCCCAAUGUCGAGAGGAUCGUCAUUAAUACUGUAAUACUGCUUUUUUUUCUUUAGUGAUACUUAUAGUGAUUCUUAUUACUCUCAUCAAUAAAAAUAUGAUUUCA